CUCAAAAUUCAUAUCUGACACCAGAUCUCCGUUACAAUAUUCCAGUGCCUGAUCAAAUGAACUUAUUAUGUGUGCAUCUUUUACUGGGCGAGUCAUAGGUGGCGACAUCACAUUAUCCACGGCACAGCAACUUAGUUGGGGACUUGGUAGUAAGGAGGUGACGAGGCUUGGCAGGAACGACUGGCUGACCAAUGAGGUCAUCGACUAGGGAAACAUGUAAGCGGACCAGAGAACUCGAGAAUUAUAACAUCACGAUUUCCACUAGAUCCUCGUGACAUAUGAUUAGUUUCUUAGAUUCUUCGUGAUAAGAGAACUCUUCAAACGAGUACAUAUUCUACUCCGAUACCCGUUUUCUUUCAUAUGUAUGCACUACAGUAGAGGCAUUUACAGGGCGAUAUUGCUGCUUGUGAGGCUUAUGAGUUUCCACAAAUACCUCGACUUUUUAGAAUCCAAAGCCGAGUUGAGUGCAUCGCCAGGAAAACACGCUUGAUCUCUGCUAAACAUCUUUGACUUUCCAUUAGCAUGACUGUUGAUACGUCUAAUCUCCACCAUGAUCUUCACUUUGUUUCUUCGAAGGGAGCUCGGCCUCCGAUUUCUGUCAACAGUAACCUUUACCUGUUUGCGAUAUCCUGCACCACUGCUACUGACGCCCGCCCUAGCUACCAUGUCACCCCCGAAUUGAACUGGAUGAAUGAUCCGCAGCGUCCAUUUUUCCUUGGGGAAGAAUGGCAUAUGUGUUAUCUCUUCAAUGCCGAUUUUAAUGAAGCCAACCCCAACGCAGGCGGUGGCACAGAGUGGUACCAUGUCACGAGCACUGACUUGAUCCACUGGACUCGACGCGGUGUUGCGAUCGAAAAAUAUAAGCCAAACCAAAACGGGAUCUAUCUCGGCGAUAUUGAGACUGGGAGUGCUGUCAUCGACACUUAUAAUACCGCAGGAUUCGGGCUAAAUGCUGUCAUUGCGCUUGUCACAUAA